CUGGCAGAAAAAAAUAGUUCUGCACCAUAACGUCUUUUAUCAACUGCGGUUCUGCGGGCCAGAGAGGGCCAUGGCGUUCUGCGCUGUGCGCUUUCUAACCAGCGCAUCUCAAGUAAGUCUAGAGAGCGCAAAUGGAGAAAAGAUGCCCAUGCUGAAUUUGGAUCUGAAACUGCAGUUGUCGAUUGCGGAUCUCCUGGAAGCGUUGCUGACCCAAAGUGGCUUGGCAGAUGGCAUACCUCUGAAAGUUGAAGCUGACACAACUAGUGAUGAUGCCGCAGAGAGUGAAGCUGAAGCUGAAACCGAAGCAGCUGCUGAAACCGAAGCAGCUGCUGAUUCGUUGGCCAAAAACGAGCUAUGGCAGCCGUUUUUGGAGUCCGAGGACAUGAAUUCAAUGAAGAACUUGGGUCCAGGGCUGGCAGGUACCACAAUGGAGACCCCAUGGAUGGAGACCGCACCGUGGGAAUCCUAUGAGAAUCCGUCAACCUGGGACUGGCUGGGGACAAGCGUGGGCGCUCUGCGGGAGAUAGCAGCUCGCAGGAAGCAGAUCCAGAUUGGCAAGAGUCGCCCUGAAUAUCUCCGCUAUAUCUCUGAGGUGAACAAGGAAGAUAGGCUGCCGACUCAUCCCAGAACUCCUAGCCCGACACUUCGAAUCCCCAAACGACAGUUCGACAGAAAGCUCUCGAAAUGGCGUCAGCAAUUGCAUGAAUUUGACCAGGUGUCUGCUGGUACACCUCGAGAGUCAGAACAUCAAAGGGCGAAGGAAAGCAGAGAUCAUCCAUAUCCGCUGAAACUUUUCCCUUAUUUAGAGCCUCAAGGAUGAUUGCGGUCCUGCAGUGGCAACCCCAGAGGCCCAAAGAAGGCUUGGGCGACAGAACCGGUGCGAAAGAAUUCUAUGCGUCCGAGCGUGUCAUGAGCUCUUC